UUCCGCUAACAUCUUUACAUGUGACGGCGUAUUUCUUGAAAGCUGAACUGAAUGUAACUGCAAAGUCAGUAUUAGCGAUGAGAUUUGCUUGUUGCAGGCUCGUAGAACCACUGAUGCUAAGCUGUUAGGCAAAAAGGCAACGCUACUUAAGCAAGAAGAGAUCCUCUGAUCGGACCAGCCCUUCGUUUCCUAGGGCGGGCCAUCCGCCUGGACCUAGCAGCCCUCUCUGCGACAGGACCAAGCUCAAACCGACACCGGAACCCAGCAUUGUUCGGCUUUGCCGGUCAGCAUGUGUUGUCAAAAUUAGCCGCGUACAUAUGUUUUGAAUUAGUUCUGUCCGACUAGAAAAACAAAAAAACCAAGAAGAUAUCGAAGAAAAAAGAAAAUUUUACACAGUUUAUAUUUUAACUUAAAUUGCCCAGUUGUCGACCACUAUGCUCGUCAGAUUAUGCUAUAGUCGUAUAUUUGUUGUUGUUUGAUUUCAAGUUCCGUGAGCCCGAUAAUAUGUAUGUUGCCUAAGUGAUCGGUGGAUAUCCAACUCAAUACAGUGACUAAUCUGUCGUCUUCAUCUGAACUUCGCGAGUGUUCAUCAGAAACAGUAAACAUGUCGAAUCGAUACGGAGGUUAUUACUCCCCGUAUCGGCGUACUACUUCACCCUCAUUUAGCUCACAGUUCAACAGCUUGAGCUUUGGUAGCCCCAGUAGUUACCGGCCUAGUGCUGCGUUGGCUUCACCCACUUCUUCAAUUGCUAACAAAUAUCAGAGUGCUGUGAACGCAUCAAAAAAUACGGGAUCAACUUCAGGAUACGAUUACAGGAAGCCAGCUACCCCUGGUUACACAUCAGACCAUAGCAAAUCGAGCAAUGUGUCGGACACGGUUCACGCAUCAGGUCAUACUUCUGAUAAUAAGAAAUCAUUUAUGCCGAAAGCAAACGGUGGAUAUGCGUCCGACGCUAGCAGAAGCGGAUAUGCUUCAGAUGCUAAAGGAUCACAUAACAAUGAUUAUGGACGGAUCCAGAACGGCAGUUACGAUCGGUCGCCUUCAUGCUCACGAUCGGUGUAUAACUCGUAUAAACCGCCAAUUGGAGACAAAUGCACCUCUCCAUAUAGCUCGAAAACAAAUCUUACACGACCAGAUCCAGUGUCUUCGCAAAGAGAUAAGUCACCAAAUCGUGGUGGAUACCAGAGGCAAGCGUCGUUUUCUCAAAGGCAAUGUCAACGCCAAGACAGCGGCGGAUCGCGAGAGCAGAAGACUGCGAAUUUCGGAAGCAGGACAAACCUCCAAAAACAAGAUUCUAACGGCGAACAAUCCCGAUAUGAUAACCCGAAGGAUUACCAGAGCGCUUAUUUUGGGAAUCGUCCGCCUCUACAGCGACAGGGUUCCGUAGGAGAACGGGCUAUCCUGGUGGGUACUCCUGCACAGUCUUUCCCUCAGAGACAAGACUCUGCUUUGGGAAAAUAUAAUCAGAAGAACGAAAGGAUCACUGGUUAUGGGUUUCCCCGACGAGGUAAAUCUCUGAAUGGUUCAGAGCGCUCAGAAAUUAGUUUACCCUCGCCGUUUAAUCGAGACUAUAAAAGUGCACUUUCUUCAAGCGAUGUGCCACCUCGACGAGGUAAUACAGUAAAUUGUUCUGGUGGAUACCAAUCAGACAGGUCUAUAGGUGCCUCCCAAAGCCGUUCUCCUUCGCCAUUUGCACGGCAAAGUUCUUGCGAGGCAUCUCGACUUGGGAGCGAGCUCAGUUCUGUGACGCAGGCUAUUCAGCAGUUUAGUCUAGCCCCAAAACCCACUCUACCUCCAUCGUGGCGGCCAAGUACAACCUUCCAACCUUUUGAAACACCGUAUCGUCGAAUUUACUACGUUCCGCCAAACUGGUCACCUUACAACGGUUUAUCAAGAGUAUCGUCAUACAAAACACCUGAACCAAAGCCUAAUCUAGCACCUGCUGACUUCUCUAAUUCUGAGUCCGAGGAGUCCGAUAGUGAUGAUGAAGAGAAAAUCGAGUAUUUAGUUUGCCGGUCAACUUCGCCGUCAACCACGAAUCGGCCGGAAGAUGAGAAUAUGAUUUCUUCAAUAGGCAGACUUCAGAAGCCAGCAAAGAAACGUUUCCCGGUGGGCAAACUUUGUGCAUCUGUGCAGGUCGAAUCGCAGGAUAUCAAAAAGGCGUUUGCCCCCAAUUUAAAGAUUCAAUUCCCGGAGAAAACCACUCAGUCGAAAGCGUCUCCGACUGAUACGGUUCCGGCUUACGCCUACUACGGAAAGUUUUCUACAGCAACAACACCUUCCGCUGCGAGCAUAACAGCCAAUAAUAAACUUUCUCGACCUAUCCCUGGCCAAUCACCUCAAAGCUCACCUACGUCACCGAAGAAAAUUACCGAACCCCAAUGGCCACCUCAGACCGCGAUUUCCAGAAAGUCAGCUUCUCCUGACGCAAACUCCGAGGGCAAACGACCCUCUCGGGAGAUAAGGUCUCGCAAAAACAAAGACGAAAUCCGCGAAAACCGAAAAAGUUAUGAGGACUCUAACGAGGGUCGAAAGAGCAGGGAAGAUACACGGGAAAACCAGAAAAGCAAAGAGCACGUUUACGAAACCGCCACAAACGAAACUAUAGAAUAUGAAAAGCAACAACUAGCUAAUACUAAUAAAGACUUUAGAAAGUCCGUUUUAAAUAUGAAUCUUACUGAGAAAGAACGAGAAGAAUAUUUGAAAAUGCAAAAGGCAAAGCGAAAAGCCCUACGUCGCGCUGGAAAACCGAUGGAAAAGGAGUCUGACACAGAGAUUCUUCAAUCGUCAACUGAGGAUUCCGAAUGUGAAGGCUCGUCUCGUCGCGAAGUCUUUAAAAGCCACUCACAGCGAAGCAUCCAUAAGCACGACGUGAAACGGACCUCAUCAUCUUCUUGUUUGAAGGGCGAUUCAGAAAGUUCGUCAAACGAGGAGGAAGAAGAUCACUCCCAAGUCAGAAGAGCAUUCCGCCGAAAGCGAUUUUCACGAGGCAACACACUAGAAGACCGAGCACCAUCCCCGCAGGAACUGCAAAGUGUUGAUAGGCUGCAAGAACUUGGCGAUUCCCUCAAAGAAAAAGCGCCUUUGGCCCGAGCUGAAGAUGACACCGAAUGUGAAGAAGAGCUCCAGGGCGAUUUUGAAAUGGUCGACGAAGCGAUUAUCAGGACACCUUCAACGCCAAAAACUCAGCAGGAAGAACAGGAAAAGGCUUCAAGCACAUCCGAGUCAGGUUCUUACGGUAUCGAAAAGAGUGCGACAGUUGUUUUCAAAGGUUCAAAUGAUACUCAGGCAACUACAGAUCAUAAUACAAUCUCGCGGCCAGCAUUUAUUAAAAUUCCUUCGCUGAACAGGCCGCAGGAUGUUGUGUAUUCACUUAAAAAGUCUGAAAGUUCACCACGAGUUGAGGACAGGGAAUUUGUUGGUUCGGUUGAAUUGACAGUCCCAUUGCUAAUACAAAAAUCACAUUCUGCAGAAACCGUCACGAAUAAUGCUAGACAAACUGACAUCCAGAGGUCAAGUUCAAGUCAAGCUCAACUACAUCCAGAUUUUGCUCAGGAGCCACCAGGGCUCGCAAGAUCGUCCGAGAUAAUCAACACAACAAAGCUAAAAGAAAACGAUUUGAAGGUUCAGAAAUUCAAGUACCAGUCCAAGCCACUUUAUAACAGAACUCCAAGUUCAGGUACAGGCAUAGUUAGUUCAGACCGCUCGGACCCCUGCAAUAACAAAGUUGAAAAACCGAAAAUCACUCUUUGGCAGGAAUCUGAGCCUGUCCCAUUCUUGCUACGGACGCCUCGACCCUACAAGUCGAUAUAUAAAAGGCAGAGUGCUACUGAUACUGAGUCCGAAGUUUACGAGAACAUUCAAUUUAAUCACGCGCUUUUACCAAAAAAGCCAGCUCAAAUCUUGCGCCUUCAACAAGAAGGUGAUGUCAGUUCUAGUGACUAUGAGGUGGUUGGAAUACCAGCUCGUCGAAAAGAGCUCGUUAAGCGCCGUUCGAGAGAAGGUAACGAUGAAUCGAGGCCCAAAGGAACAUCACCCUUUAGCGAGCACAAAAGUCGCCCCAACAGUAUAGUUCAACAAGACAACCAGAGCUCACAGCCAACUAUUUCCAAAACGGAGGCGGACCUCCUUCAGUAUCUGGAACAGCAGAAAGAGCAAAUGCGGCGCAAGGCUGAAGAGCAUCAUAGGCAUCCAUCGCAAAAGCAGCGUCCAAGAUCUGAGGAUGUAGCAAAGGCUAGUAAGGCGGUCAUGUCAAAUCCGCCUCAAAUAGAGAUCGACAAAGAGGGGAAUGCUCCAUUUCAACAGUCUCAAAGAUCGAGCUCGUUCCGUAGCGAUCGCUCUUCGUCAGAAUCCCGGCCCUGUUGGGUAAUUCACCAGGAGGUUCAGGGAAUGGCUUCUUCAAUUCCUCAAACGGCACGCACUGGCUCGCCGAACGAACAAUCAAUAACAUCUGGUCCAUUUAAGCAGAAUGACGUUCAAAGAUUCAACGUAGCGCUCUCUGCUGACACUUCAGUCGCACAUGCGUCGCUACAGACAAAUCAGCAGAAGCACCAGAAAAGCAACCAAACUCCACGCGCACCAAGACGCCAAGAUGCUUCAGUGCGCAAAGGCAAAAGCCAGUUUAUUGGUACCUUCAAAGAUAUCGAUUCAUUCUUGGAGUUCUGCGACAGUGACAGUUUCGACGCAAUGGAAACUAAGUUCGACAACGAAACACUCCAGAAUGUCGAAUCGCUAUCGCAGAUCAAGAAGUCGUCCUCAAGACCGCAGAUAAAUAGACCCAGCAGCUUCAUUGGCAACCUGGUAGAUAUCGAUGACAUUCUUGGUCCUGAGAGCCCCUCUAUGUGUCCGUUUGAAAAGGGACAAGAUGCAAUGUCGUUCUUCAAAAUUGAAGCGUCACAGGUCAAAGUCCAUGGACCUAAAGACUCAAUGAAAUCUGAGCUCUUACCAAAAAUCGAGGAAUACGAUAGUAGUGCGAUUCGCAUUCGUGAAGUGCCGAAGGGACAGGGCAUCGUCAGUAAGGUGGAUGAUAGUUGUCUACAAUUGUACCGUCAUUCGGAAGAAGCAGGAACGUAUUUAGAUUUGGACUCGUCAAUCGAACAACAGAGAGACGAGUUCGCAGCCUUCGAAAGAGAAGAUGCGUCGAUAGUUCUUAGAAGCCAGCUGCCCGUUCGUGUUCAUGCCAUCAUAGAGAAACUGAUGAAUUCAAAUGGUCGUGACCUACGGCGCGCGCUGUUUGCCCUGAAGCAAGUGUUCCAGGAUGAUAAGGACCUGGUGCACGCGUUUGUUGAAAACCGAGGACUGGACGUUCUCGUUAAGAUUGGCCAGAAUUCUGACCACAAUUAUCAGAACUAUAUCCUUAGAGCUCUGGGGCAAAUAAUGCUUUACGUGGAUGGUAUGCACGGAGUAAUUAGGCAUAACCAGACAAUUCAAUGGCUUUAUCUUCUGACCCAGUCGAAUUAUCGAUUGGUUGUGAAAGCUGCCCUCAAACUCCUUCUUGUUUUCUUCGAAUAUACAGAUACCAACUGUUUACAGCUGUUGCGUGCGAUGUACCGCGUGCAGCAGACGCAUGGCCUAAAACCCUGGGCAAGUGUGAUGAAGAUCCUUUCGCAAAGGGAUAACGCCGAUAUGGAGCUGCUUAUCUUCGCAAUGUCUCUCAUUAAUAAGACCUUGGACGGCGUUCCUGACCAGGACACCUAUUACGAUAUAGUAGAUUCUCUCGAAGAAAUGGGAAUGGAGCGCGUUGUGCAAUUCUACUUGUCAAAACAGGGUGUUGACAACGAGCUUUUACAGCAGCUGCAACUUUACGAAAACAUUCUGAGACUAGAAGAUGGAAUCACGACACCUAACACAAAGGUUCCGGCCUGCGUCAGAAACCGUAAGCAGAACCCCUCUCGAAAGAGCCGUCGACACAAUCCGAACGAUGGCCCUCCUACAAAAGUUAAGCCUUCCCCCCUCCUUCAAAAUCUCAUACGGUCGGUAGAAGAUACGGCGUUCACUGAUAAUGAUCUGACACCAGCAAUGAGACGUUGGAAGGAUGAUCAUAAGAUGCGAGACUAUCUCCGGGAUGAAAACGAUGAACCAAUGGACAUAUGCGAACAGGGAGCGCAACCGUCAGCGAACGUUCGCCAGUUUAAGAAUAUUUUUGAACAAACGAUUCAGGAGCAGGAAGCCGGCGAUGCGCCCCUUAGACAAGAGGUUCCUCGGCGACAAUUAAUUGAUCUUUCAGCACUUCAUCACGCGCAAGAGAACAUCCCCAAAAUACCCGAACAUCAAGCCAGAAACCUUGCUUCAGCUGGAUAUCAACAGCAACAGCAAGCGCUUGCAGAGAAGCUAUCCAGCUACCCGCCGAUGCGACCACCAACAUCGCUUGAUGCGCCCGUUAUCCCUUCCCGUCAGCCUCCGUACGCAGCUUCUCAGCCAAGCUUCAGACAACGGCCUCCUCCUAUUAGCCUAGGAAAAGUUCCACCACCCAAUCGUAACCAGUUCUCUAAUAACCUACAGAAGUUUAACUGCUUUGAAAAAGACAGCAUUCUGCAGGAUAUGCUCUGGAAAUCCGGAAGCCCGGUGCAAUGGCAAGACUUCAUCAAGUCCGUCAGGAGGCCUCUAUUUAUUAAUGACUUCGACUUCACAGACCUCAGCGAAGACGAUGACGUAACAGUGCUUAACGAGGACGGGGUUCCCUUCGCUGUAAGUGGAUCCACUCCACCUCCUCCACCGCCGAUGGAAGGUUUGGACGGGCCACCGCCACCACCAUUUGGCGUUGGUUUUGGCGGACCUCCUCCCCCGCCACCACCACCCGGAGCUCCUCCGACUUUUCCUCCACCGUUUGGCGCACGAGCACCUUCACAGGCUCUAUUCGAAGCGCCUCCAUUCGGAGCCACGGGGCCCCGUAAAACUACCCCGCCUUUUCUUCAACAAAAGCAACACUCCUCAAGCCAACUUCCAUGGGCUUCUAGCAAGAAUGAACCCGGCGCACAGCCAACAAUCCAGAAGAGUAAAAAAACAGUUAAGCUCUUCUGGAAGGAAAUUAAAGAAGAUCGAAUGCUUCUAGCUCGUAUUAAGAAGCAACAUACGAUAUGGGAUGAACUCUGUUCGGAAGAGAUCGACACGGCCAAGCUAGAGGAGCUAUUCGAAAACAAAGCCAAAGACCUUAUGAAACAGAAACAAGAAGGUAAAAGGAAUGAGAUUACAGUAUUAGAUGCGAAACGAUCGAAUGCCAUCAACAUCGGCAUGACAAAGUUACCAAAUCCUCGGACGAUCCGGGCGGCGAUCCUAAAAAUGGACUCCACAGUCAUGAACCGGGAAGGCAUCGAGAAAAUCCUUACGACGAUGAUACCGUCGGCUGAGGAGAUGAACAAAAUCGUCGAGGCUCAAAUGGCCAACCCAGAGGUGCCGCUUGGCAAUGCCGAAAACUUCCUACUGACGCUGUCGUCCAUUACCGAGCUCGAGCCACGCCUCAGAUUAUGGGCUUUCGUGCUGGACUACAACAUAUUAGAAAAAGAGGUAGCGGAACCACUUAUGGAUUUAAAACAAGCGAUAGCCGAAAUCGAAAGUAACAAAACAUUUAGAAUUAUUCUCUCGACGGUUCUUGCAAUUGGAAACUUCCUCAAUGGGUCGCCAGUGAAAGGCUUUCAGCUGGACUACCUUGCCAAGAUUCCAGAAGUUAAGGACACGAUAUACAAGCAUAGUCUUCUAUUUCACGUAGUGGAAUUCGUGUCAGCACGACAUCCUAACUCAAGUGAUCUCUACUCCGAGAUGGCAGCAGUAACGCGCACCUCAAAAGUGGACUUCGAGGAAACGGCGAAAACGCUGAAUAAGUUAGAAACAGAUUGCAAGGCCUCGUGGGAACAUUUGAAAGCUGUAGCGAAGCAUGAUGGUCAACAGAGUCUUGAUAUGAUUGCCUCGUUUCUCUCCGACAGCGCUGAGCGUAUCACAGUCCUUGGCGUCAUCUAUAAAAGGGUUAUUAACAGGUUUCACAAACUGAUGGUAUUUUUUGGUCAUCCGCUCUAUACGAUUAAGGAUGCUAAACCGCACGCCAUCUGCAAGAUCGUCUCAGAAUUCGCACUUGAGUAUCGUACAACUCGCGAAAAGAUUCGUGAACAGAAUGAGAAAAAACGCAGAGAGGCUGAACGGGCAAACAGAAUCAGCAGACGAAGUGUUGAUUCGCGCGGAGCAACUCCUGAACGUGCAAGCACGCUACCGCGAGGGGUAAGAGGCGGCUCGGUGAAAUCAGAGCGCGAACUCACCCGACUUUUGUCUAAUGGUUACUCGUCAGAUGCCUCUGAUGGUGACUACCGCAAUUGGGGAUCUCUUGGCAGACGAAGUCGAGCUGGAUCUGUCAAUCAAAUGUCUAGGCACAAUUCCAUCAAGGAAGGGGAGUACAUGUCGGGCGCGGAUGGUGACGAGCUUAUCGAGACUUUAAUACGAACUGCGUCACAGGCCCCGUCGCAGCGCAGUCUCGAAAAACAGAGAAGGGUAGGAGCUGGCGAGAGACGAUCACUUCGACGAGCCCUUCAGGGAGGUGAUCUCUGUCGUGAAGAGCGAAGGAAUUGCCCCUACAUGUCUUCUUAGACUAGAGUAGCUAAAUUUAUAUGAAGCAUAGGAGAUUAUUUAUUAAAGAAACGGUGAUGUUGUUAUAGCUAACGGCCAUAGCAGUUAGGCGAUCGUUACUGCAGAUUAUCCUGCCGAUGAGUCCCCGACCCAAUGAGUAGAUUUGUUGUCAAGAUAGUGUCGUUGAUAGUGUACAAUGAAUCCUUAUAGUUGCAACAUAUAUGAAGACGACGUUUAAUGUUAUAUAUGCCGACUUUCUAUGCCAGAUUCAGUAGAAUCCGAUUCUGUUGACUCAAGAGAUCUGGUGUCCGAUGAUUCGAAAUCUCGGACCUUUCGUUUCGAUGAGGUGGUUGUGGUUGUUUAAUUAAUCUUACUCUUUGUACAUUGUCUAGAUCCAACUGGUGUCUGACAACAAAUUGGAAUUGCGUACGAACUGUUGCGUAUGGCUAUUACUGUCAUAGAUUUUUAUUAAUAUUAUCGUUUUCACUUGCGACAAUAAGCCAACUACACAUGCAGAAUUUAUAAAUUAAUGGGUUAUAAUAAAAGAAAGAAGUAAUUCAAAAAUG